AAGCGCUGGAGCCUCAUGUUUAAGCAGCAUCUCAUUGACCACGUCACUACCAGUCUCCAGGAGCUAGCAGCUUUCAUGAAAGACGCAAAUGCGGGCUUGACUAAACCUUUGAAAGAAGGAGAUUAUAAUGGGCUGGUGGAGGUGAUGGGACACUUGAUGAGAGUCAAAGAUAGACAGACAGCUACAGACCACAUGUUUGAGCCCUUAAAGCAAACAAUCGAGCUGCUAAAGACUUACGGAGAAGAGAUGCCGGAAGAAAUUCAUAUGCAGCUGCAUGAUCUGCCGGAGCAAUGGAACAACACCAAGAAGUUAUCUUUCCAGGUGAAACAGAAUGUGGCUCCUCUGCAGGCCACUGAGGUCGCAAUCCUUCGGAGGAAGUGUCAGCAGUUUGAGAUUAAACAACACGAGUUCAGGGAGAAAUUUCGAGAAGAUGCUCCCUUUUCUUUUACUGACCCAGAUCCAUAUCGGUCCUUAAACACGCAACAAAAGAGUAUCACUGCCAUGGAGAGUGAAAUGGAAGCCCUGUCCAAAUCAGCUGGGUUGUUUGAGGUGUCAGUCCCAGAUUACAAACAACUCAAAGCAUGCCAUAAAGAAGUACGUUUACUCAAAGAGCUCUGGGAUAUGAUUGUCUUGGUUAAUGCAAGCAUCGAUGACUGGAAGACCACCAAAUGGAAAGAGAUUAAUGUGGAGCAGAUGGAUAUUGAUUCUAAAAAGUUUGCUAAAGAUGUGAGAAGUCUGGAUAAAGAAAUGAGGCCCUGGGAUGCAUUCACAGGAUUGGAUAACACAGUGAAAAACAUGAUAACCUCCCUCCGAGCUGUGAGUGACCUUCAGAAUCCUGCUAUUAGAGAACGUCAUUGGCAUGAGCUCAUGCAAGCGACCAAGGUGAACUUUAUAAUGUCAGACAAGACAACCCUCGCCGACUUGCUGCAGCUGAAUCUACACAAUUUUGAGGAUGAAGUUCGCAGUAUUGUAGACAAGGCUGUGAAAGAGUCAGGAAUGGAAAAGGUAUUGAAAGCCCUGGAUAGUACGUGGUCAACCAUGCAGUUUGAACAUGAACCCCAUGCUAGAACUGGUACCAUGCUGCUCAAAUCUGAUGAAUUACUCGUAGAGACCUUGGAGGAUAACCAAGUGCAACUUCAGAACCUGAUGACUUCCAAGUAUCUGGCUCACUUUCUUCAGGAGGUGUCAGGCUGGCAACAGAAAUUAUCUACUGCUGACUCUGUUAUUAGUAUCUGGUUUGAAGUGCAGAGAACUUGGAGCCAUCUGGAGAGCAUCUUCAUUGGUUCUGAAGACAUCCGGAAUCAGUUGCCAGAAGAUUCUAAACGUUUUGAUUCUAUCGAUAGAGAUUUUAAAGAAUUAAUGGCUGAAGCAGUAAAAACCCCUAAUGUAGUUGAAGCAACAAAUAAACCAGGCCUUUAUGAGAAGUUAGAGGCCUUACAGAAAAGCUUGGCACUUUGUGAAAAGGCUUUGGCUGAAUAUCUAGAGACAAAAAGGUUGGCUUUUCCCAGGUUCUACUUUGUUUCAUCUGCAGACCUGCUGGAUAUUUUAUCAAAUGGAAAUGACCCUGUUGAGGUAUGCCGCCACUUGUCUAAACUGUUUGAUAGCAUGGCCAAGCUGAAGUUCAAAAUGGAUCCAGACAACAAGCCUUUGAAGAUUGGCUUGGGAAUGUACAGUAAGGAGGAUGAGUAUGUGGAUUUUGAUAAGGAAUGUGACUGUUCCGGGCAGGUUGAGGUUUGGUUAAAUCGAGUGCUCGAGAGAAUGUGCUCCACAUUACGCCAUGAAAUUCCGGAGGCUGUAGUGACUUACGAAGAAAAACCACGAGAGCAAUGGUUAUUUGAUUACCCAGCGCAGAUUGCGUUAACCUGCACUCAGAUCUGGUGGACAACAGAGGUCGGCAUUGCAUUCUCAAGACUGGAGGAAGGUUAUGAAAAUGCAAUUAAAGAUUACAACAAAAAGCAGAUUAAUCAGUUAAACACGCUAAUUACACUACUCAUUGGGAACUUAACCUCAGGAGACAGAAUGAAGAUCAUGACAAUCUGUACCAUAGAUGUACAUGCCAGAGAUGUCGUGGCAAAAAUGAUCCUUGCUAAGGUGGAGAAUUCUCAAGCGUUCACCUGGCAGUCCCAGCUCAGACAUCGGUGGGAUGAAGAAAAAAGGCAUUGCUAUGCUAAUAUAUGUGAUGCUCAACUUCAGUAUUCCUAUGAAUAUCUGGGUAACACCCCUCGACUGGUCAUUACUCCACUUACAGACCGAUGCUACAUCACUCUGACCCAGUCCCUUCACCUGAUAAUGGGGGGUGCACCUGCAGGCCCUGCUGGUACAGGGAAAACGGAGACCACUAAGGACUUGGGCCGAGCUGUAGGGAUCAUGGUCUACGUCUUCAACUGCUCUGAGCAAAUGGAUUACAAGUCCUGUGGAAAUAUCUACAAAGGGUUAGCACAGACUGGAGCCUGGGGAUGCUUUGAUGAAUUCAAUCGCAUUUCAGUGGAAGUUUUAUCAGUGAUUGCUGUGCAGGUAAAAUGUGUGCAAGAUGCAAUUCGUGCCAAAAAGAAAACAUUUAAUUUCCUUGGAGAGAUAAUCGCUCUUAUACCAACAGUUGGACUAUUCAUUACAAUGAACCCCGGCUAUGCAGGCCGGACUGAAUUGCCUGAAAAUCUAAAGGCUUUAUUCAGACCCUGUGCUAUGGUUGUCCCAGAUUUUGAGCUUAUCUGUGAAAUCAUGCUUGUUGCAGAAGGUUUUCUUGAUGCCAGACUUCUUGCUAGAAAGUUUAUUACUCUCUAUACACUAUGCAAAGAGCUACUUUCUAAGCAGGAUCAUUAUGACUGGGGCUUGAGAGCGAUUAAGUCUGUGCUGGUGGUAGCAGGCUCCUUGAAGAGAGGCGACCCUGGCCGUCCGGAGGAUCAAGUCCUAAUGAGAGCUUUACGAGACUUCAACAUCCCCAAGAUUGUGACGGAUGACUUGCCGGUGUUCAUGGGACUAAUUGGAGACCUUUUCCCAGCACUGGACGUACCUAGAAAACGGGAUCUGAACUUUGAAAAGAUUAUUAAGCAGUCCAUCCUUGAGCUCAAGCUGCAGGCAGAAGAGAGCUUUGUGCUGAAGGUGGUGCAGCUUGAGGAGCUACUCCAAGUGAGACACUCGGUGUUUGUCAUUGGCAAUGCAGGCAGUGGCAAGUCCCAGGUACUGAAAUCCCUGAAUAAGACUUACCAAACCUUGAAAAAAAGGCCCGUUGCUGUGGACCUUGACCCUAAAGCUGUAACCUGUGAUGAGCUAUUUGGAGUUAUUCAUCCAGCUACUAGAGAAUGGAAAGAUGGUCUGUUUUCUACAACGAUGCGAGACCUGGCUAACAUCACUCACCUUGGUCCCAAAUGGAUCAUUCUCGAUGGAGAUAUAGAUCCCAUGUGGAUUGAAUCUCUGAAUACUGUCAUGGAUGAUAAUAAGGUGCUCACCUUAGCGAGCAAUGAGCGAAUCCCACUGAAUCCCACCAUGAGACUCCUCUUUGAGAUCAGCCACCUGAGGACAGCAACGCCAGCAACAGUAUCCAGGGCUGGAAUUCUCUACAUCAACCCUGCAGAUCUGGGCUGGAACCCUGUGGUAAGCAGCUGGAUUGAGAAGCGAAAUGUACAGUCUGAAAAAGCCAACUUAAUGAUUCUGUUUGAUAAAUACCUGCCUACAUGUCUAGAUAAACUGAGGUUUGGGUUCAAGAAGAUUACCCCAGUCCCUGAAAUUACUGUCAUACAAACCAUACUGUAUCUGCUGGAAUGUCUCCUGACUCCAACUAACACGCCUCCGGACUCCUCAAAAGAGCUAUAUGAACUGUACUUUGUUUUUGCGUGUUUCUGGGCAUUUGGAGGAGCAAUGUUUCAAGACCAGCUGGUGGACUAUCGUGUAGAGUUCAGUAAAUGGUGGGUGAAUGAAUUUAAAACCAUCAAGUUUCCGUCUCAAGGGACUAUUUUUGACUAUUACAUAGAUCCAGAAAGUAAGAAAUUCAUGCUUUGGAAUGAUAAAGUGCCAACAUUUGAGCUGGACCCAGACAUUCCCUUACAGGCUUCCGUGGUCCAUACGACAGAAACCAUCCGAAUUCGCUAUUUUAUGGAUUUGCUAGUGGCAAAGAAAUGGCCUGUGAUGUUAGUGGGGAAUGCAGGUACAGGGAAGUCGGUCAUGAUGGUGGACAAACUGCAGUCUCUGAACACUGAGGACUACCUGUUGCAGGCUGUCCCCUUUAACUUCUACACGACCUCGGCCAUGCUGCAGGCUAUUCUCGAGAAGCCCUUGGAGAAGAAAUCCGGGAGAAAUUUUGGUCCUCCGGGCACAAAGAAGCUUAUUUACUUCAUAGAUGAUAUGAAUAUGCCUGAAGUGGACAAAUAUGGCACAGUAGCUCCUCAUACACUGAUCAGGCAGCAUAUAGACCAUGGGCACUGGUAUGACAGAAACAAGCUGACAUUAAAGGACAUUCACAACUGUCAGUAUGUAGCCUGCAUGAAUCCAACAUCUGGAUCCUUUACGAUUGACUCCAGACUUCAGCGACACUUUUGUGUGUUUGCUGUGAGUUUUCCUGGCCAAGAAGCACUUGUGACCAUUUACAGCACCAUCCUUGCACAGCACAUGGCAAUCCGUAACAUUCCGGUCCCCAUUCAGAAGAUCCUGUCACCACUAAUUGCGGGAGUGCUGGCCUUACAUCAGAAAAUUACAUCAACAUUUCUGCCUACGGCCAUCAAAUUUCACUACGUCUUCAACCUCCGGGACCUCUCUAACAUAUUUCAGGAACUUGGUGAGAAUCUGCUGUUUGCGAAGCCCAACAUUUACUGUCACUUUGCCCAGGGCAUUGGCGAGCCCAAGUACUUCCCUGUGUCAGACUCCGGGUAUCUGAACAAGCUGCUAGUGGAAGCCCUGGAGACAUACAAUGAGGUCAAUGCCGUGAUGAAUCUGGUGCUGUUUGAAGAUGCUGUGUCUCACAUUUGCAGAAUUAAUCGGAUAUUAGAGUCUCCCCGAGGGAAUGCCUUAUUGGUGGGAGUAGGAGGGAGCGGAAAGCAAAGUCUUUCCCGACUAGCAGCCUAUAUUAGUGCUCUGGAUGUAUUUCAGAUCACACUGAAGAAAGGAUAUGGAAUUCCUGACCUCAAGCUGGAUCUGGCCUCUCAGUAUAUCAAAGCAGCUGUGAAGAAUACACCCACCGUAUUCCUAAUGACAGAUUCACAGGUUGCUGAGGAGCAAUUCCUGGUCUUGAUCAAUGAUCUCUUAGCCUCUGGAGAGAUCCCAGGACUCUUUCAGGACGACGAAGUGGAAAAUAUUAUCGGUGCUAUGAGGCCACAAGUGAAAUCUAUUGGAAUGCAAGAUACAAGGGAAAACUGCUGGAAAUUCUUUAUAGACAAAGUCAGGCGGCAGUUAAAGGUCAUCCUGUGCUUCUCUCCUGUGGGUUCUACGCUGCGGGUACGUGCAAGGAAAUUCCCUGCUGUGGUCAACUGCGCGGCCAUAGACUGGUUCCAUGAAUGGCCUGAAGAUGCUCUGGUGUCCGUCAGUGGCAGAUUCUUGGAGGAAACGGAGGGAAUUGAGCCAGACGUCAAGCUCUCCAUCAGUCAGUUCAUGGCCUAUGUCCACAAAACUGUAAAUGAGAUGUCCAAAGUCUACCUAGCCACCGAGAGGCGCUAUAACUAUACAACCCCGAAAACCUUUCUGGAACAGAUAAAACUUUACCAGAAUCUGCUCUUUAAAAAGAGAAGAGAGCUCAUUGCAAAAAUCGACAGGUUGGAGAAUGGCUUAAUGAAACUUCAGAGUACUGCUUCCCAGGUUGAUGACCUAAAAGCCAAACUUGCUGUCCAAGAGCUGGAGCUGAAGCAUAAGAAUGAGGAUGCAGAUAAACUGAUCCAGGUAGUAGGUGUUGAAACUGAGAAAGUGAGCAAGGAGAAGGUGAUUGCUGAUGAGGAGGAGCUGAAGGUUCAGGUCAUUAACACGAAUGUAACCGAAAAACAAAGAGCCUGUGAGACUGACUUGGCUAAAGCGGAACCUGCUUUAUUAGCAGCACAAGAAGCUCUAGACACUCUCAAUAAGAACAACCUGACAGAGCUGAAGUCUUUCGGUUCGCCUCCCGAAGCAGUGGUUAAUGUCACAGCAGCUGUGAUGAUACUGACAGCUCCAGGGGGCAAGAUACCAAAGGACAAAAGCUGGAAGGCAGCUAAAAUCAUGAUGGGGAAAGUAGAUUCUUUCCUGGAUACCUUAAAGAAGUAUGAUAAAGAGCACAUUCCUGAACCCUGUCUGAAAGCAUUUAAGCCCUAUCAGUCAGAUCCAACCUUUGACCCUGAGUUCAUACUCUCAAAGUCAACAGCUGCAGCAGGUCUGUGCUCCUGGUGUUUAAAUAUCGUUCGCUUCUAUGAAGUGUACUGUGAUGUCGCACCCAAGAGGCAGGCGCUAGAGGAGGCUAAUGCAGAAUUGGCCGAGGCACAAGAUAAACUCAGUCACAUUAAAAACAAGAUUGCAGACCUAAAUGCCAACUUGGCAACUCUAACAGCAGAAUUUGAAAAGGCCACAGCUGAAAAAAUCAAAUGCCAACAAGAGGCUGAUGCUACUAACAGAGUCAUCACCUUAGCAAACAGGCUUGUUGGAGGAUUAGCAUCGGAAAAUGUUCGCUGGGCUGAGGCUGUGGAAAACUUCAGAGAGCAGGAGAAGACUUUGUGUGGAGAUGUCCUGCUGAUUUCAGCCUUUGUUUCCUACGUUGGCUAUUUUACUAAGAAAUAUAGGACUGAGCUGAUGGACAAGUACUGGAUACCAUACUUAAAUGAAUUGAAGGUGCCAAUUCCUGUUACACCAGGGUUGGAUCCUUUGAGCCUUCUGACUGACGAUGCAGAUAUCGCUACUUGGAAUAACCAAGGGCUGCCCAGUGACCGCAUGUCUACCGAAAACGCCACGAUUCUGUGCAACACGGAGCGCUGGCCUCUCAUUGUGGAUGCCCAAUUACAAGGGGUCAAAUGGAUUAAAAACAAAUAUGGAGAAGAGCUGAAAUCAAUCAGACUGGGACAGAGAAGCUAUCUGGAUAUCAUUGAGCAAGCUAUAUCAGAGGGACACCCCCUGAUCAUUGAGAACAUCGGCGAGUCGGUGGAGCCUGUGCUGGACCCUUUGCUAGGCAGGAACACCAUCAAAAAGGGAAAAUACAUUAGGAUAGGCGAUAAAGAAGUGGAGUACCAUCCAGACUUCCGUCUGAUUCUGCACACCAAAUACUUUAACCCCCAUUACAAGCCAGAGAUGCAGGCUCAGUGCACUUUAAUUAACUUCCUGGUAACCAGAGAUGGACUGGAGGAUCAGCUGUUGGCAGCAGUGGUUGCAAAAGAGAGGCCAGAUCUAGAGCAACUGAAGGCAAAUCUCACAAAAAGUCAAAAUGAAUUUAAGAUUUUAUUGAAAGAGCUGGAGGACUCUUUGCUUGCCCGCCUCUCUGCUGCAUCAGGAAACUUCCUGGGAGACACCGCAUUGGUGGAGAAUCUAGAGACAACAAAGCAAACAGCCAUAGAAAUUGAGGAAAAAGUGAGAGAAGCUAAAAUUACAGAAAUUAAAAUUAAUGAAGCUAGAGAAAACUACAGGCCAGCUGCAGAAAGGGCAUCCUUGUUGUACUUUAUACUGAAUGACCUCAACAAAAUUGACCCCAUCUACCAGUUCUCAUUAAAGGCAUUCAAUGUAGUCUUUGAGAAGGCCAUCCAGCGAACUCCUCCAGCUGAAGACGUAAAGCACCGGGUGAUAAACCUAACAGAUGAGAUCACCUACUCAGUCUUUGUGUACACUGCACGGGGACUCUUUGAGAGAGACAAACUCAUUUUCAUGGCCCAAGUUGCCUUUCAGGUCUUGCUAAUGAAGAAAGAAGUGAACCCGGUUGAACUGGACUUUCUUUUGCGCUUUCCGUUCAAGGCUGGACUGACGUCCCCUGUGGAUUUCUUACAAUCUCAAGGUUGGGGAGGAAUUAAGGUCCUCUCAGAUAUGGAUGAGUUCAAGAAUUUAGACAGCGACAUUGAAGGUUCGGCAAAGCGAUGGAAAAAAUUCGUUGAGUCGGAGGCGCCGGAGAAGGAAGUGUUCCCGAAGGAGUGGAAGAAUAAAUCAGCUCUGCAGAAGCUGUGUAUGAUGAGGUGCAUGAGGCCAGACAGAAUGACCUACGCAGUCAGAAACUUUGUGGAAGAGAAGAUGGGAAGUAAGUUUGUAGAAGGCAGAAGUGUUGAAUUUUCUAAAUCAUAUGAAGAGAGCAGCCCAUCCACUGCAAUAUUCUUUAUCCUCUCUCCAGGGGUUGACCCACUGAAAGACGUAGAGGCACUGGGAAGAAAGCUAGGCUUUACCAUCGACAAUGGAAAAAUCCACAACGUGUCUCUAGGGCAAGGACAGGAAGUUGUGGCAGAAAAUGCUCUGGAUGUGGCUGCUAUUCAAGGACACUGGGUCAUUCUUCAGAAUAUCCACCUGGUUGCAAAGUGGCUGAGCACGCUGGAUAAGAAGGUUGAGAGAUACAGCAUUGGCAGCCACGAGGAUUACAGGGUGUUUAUGAGUGCGGAACCUGCUCCCACUCCAGACGCGCAUAUUAUUCCUCAAGGACUCCUGGAAAAUGCCAUUAAAAUUACCAAUGAGCCACCGACUGGCAUGCAUGCUAACUUGCACAAAGCACUGGAUCUCUUUACUCAGGAUACUUUAGAAAUGUGCACCAAAGAAAUUGAAUUCAAGUGCAUCUUGUUUGCUCUCUGCUACUUUCAUGCGGUGGUAGCUGAAAGGCGUAAGUUUGGUGCGCAGGGCUGGAAUCGGUCUUAUCCUUUCAACAAUGGAGAUCUGACUAUAUCCAUCAACGUGCUGUAUAAUUACCUGGAGGCUAAUGUCAAGGUUCCAUGGGACGAUCUUCGCUAUCUCUUUGGUGAAAUUAUGUAUGGGGGACACAUCACAGAUGACUGGGAUCGCAGGUUGUGUAGAACUUACCUGAGAGAAUACAUCCGGGUGGAGAUGCUGGAGGGAGAAAUGACCUUGGCUCCAGGGUUUUUAGUUCCACCCAACUCGGAUUACAAGGGUUAUCAUGAAUACAUUGAUGAGAACCUUCCCCCAGAGAGCCCGUACCUUUACGGGCUCCACCCCAAUGCCGAAAUUGGCUUCCUCACUGUCACGUCUGAAAAGCUUUUCCGUACAGUUCUGGAGAUGCAGCCUAAGGAGUCUGAUGCUGGAGGCGGGACGGGUGUGUCCCGAGAGGAAAAGGUCAAGCAAGUCCUAGAUGAAAUCAUCGACAAGCUACCCGAGCCAUUUAAUAUGCUGGAAAUCAUGGCUAAAGCAGCGGAGAAGACCCCGUAUGUCGUGGUGGCCUUUCAGGAAUGUGAAAGAAUGAACAUCUUGACAAAUGAAAUGAGACGCUCUUUGAAAGAGUUAAAUUUGGGGCUGAAGGGGGAGCUGACAAUCACAACAGACAUGGAGGAUUUGUCUAAUGCUCUCUUCUAUGACAAUGUGCCCGAAUUCUGGACAAACCGGGCCUACCCCUCCUUACUUGGCUUGGGAGCCUGGUAUGCUGACCUACUGCUCCGGGUCCGGGAACUAGAGGCCUGGACGACUGACUUUGCACUCCCCACCACAGUGUGGCUGGCAGGCUUCUUCAAUCCCCAGUCUUUUCUCACAGCUAUCAUGCAGUCUAUGGCCAGAAAGAAUGAAUGGCCACUUGACAAGAUGUGUCUUUCAGUGGAAGUAACCAAGAAAAACCGGGAGGAUAUGACGGCUCCACCCCGAGAAGGCUCCUAUGUGCAUGGGCUGUUCAUGGAAGGUGCUCGGUGGGACAUUCCUAGUGGUGUCAUCACAGACGCUCGGCUGAAGGAGUUAACGCCCUCGAUGCCAGUCAUCUUCAUCAGAGCCAUCCCUGUGGACCGUAUGGACACCAAGAAUGUCUAUGAGUGCCCAGUCUACAAGACUCGCAUGCGAGGCCCCACCUACGUCUGGACCUUCAAUCUGAAAACAAAAGAGAAGCCAGCUAAGUGGAUUCUUGCUGCUGUUGCUUUGCUCUUACAAGUUUAAACUUUUACUGCCUAUGCAAAGCACUUGUUCCACAUGCCAAAGUACCACCCAGCUCAACACUAAUCCUAUUAGUCAGAAACUCCACCCAGCUUUUUGUCUGCCCCAAAGUAUUUUAAUAGUGACAAUAAAAGAUAAACAUGAAAUGAAAGUGUUAGUGCUCAGGUG